AUGUAUUGUGGAGCUUAUACACAAGGAACGAUUUUUCCUGCUCCGAAUUUUAACCCUAUUAUGGAUGCCCAGUUGCUAGGAGGAGCCCUACAGGGAAUUAGUUGUGAAAAAGAUGUGUUGAUUGAUAUCCUAACUCAGCGUUGCAACUCCCAGCGGCUUAUGAUUGCCGAGGCAUACAGGGACAUGUACGGCAGGGAUCUGAUAACAGACCUAAAAGAGAAUCUCUCUCAUCACUUCAAAGAAGUUAUGGUUGGCCUGAUGUAUUCACCUGCUUCCUACGAUGCCCACGAGCUCUGGCAUGCCUUGAAGGGAGUAGACACAGAAGAAAAAUGCCUAAUUGACAUAUUAGCCUCAAGAUCAAACACGGAGAUCUUCCAGAUGAAAGAAGCCUACCUAAUGCAAUAUAAUACUGAUCUUCAACAAGAUAUCAAUUCUGAGACUUCAGGGCACUUCAGAGAUACCCUCAUGAACCUUGCUCAGGGAACAAGGAUGGAAGGAUAUGCAGACCCUUCUACGGCUGCUCAGGAUGCAAUGAUUCUAUGGGAAGCAUGUCAGCAGAAAACAGGCGAACACAAAAACAUGCUGCAAAUGAUUCUCUGCAACAGAAGCCACCAGCAGUUGUGGAUGGUUUUCCAGGAGUUCCAAAAUAUCUCUGGGCAAGACAUAGUAGAUGCCAUUAACGAAUGUUACGAUGGAUACUUUCAAGAAUUACUGGUUGCAAUAGUCCUCUGCAUUCGGGACAAGCCUUCCUACUUUGCUUACAGGCUUUAUAAUGCAAUUCAUGACUUUGGGUUUCACAAUAAAACAGUUAUUAGAAUUCUCAUCGCCAGGAGUGAGAUUGACUUGAUAAAUAUACGGCAGCGAUACAAAGAAAGAUAUGGGAAAUCACUCUUCCAUGACAUUAAACAUUUUGCAUCAGGGCAUUAUGAGAGUGCUUUACUUGCUAUCUGCGCUGGUGAUGCAGAAGAUUAUUAAGUAAGAAGACGAACUUUGAAGAGUGCAAAUCUAUUUUAAAUAGAAAUUGAAGCUAUACACAAUGCAGUAACUGUAAGAGAU